UCGGCGCAGCUCCAGUUCUCAGCACCCUCCUCAGGCCCCGCCCCUCCCGCUACUCACUUGGGCCCCUCCCUAUUUGUCAUAACCCUCCUCAACCCCCGCCUCCUCCGCUCCCCAAUUGCUCACCUGGGCCCCGCCCAGCUCACCGCCCUCCUCAGGCCCCGCCCCCUCCACCCGGCUCCCUUUGCUCUCGGAGGGCCUCCCCUACCGGAACAUCCCGCCUUUUGGAGGCUACGCCCCGCCCUUUACGCUACGGAGCCCGGAAGUGUCUUGAACUCGCGUUUCCAUCUUCCGGCCUCGCGUCUCUCUCAGGCUCGGUUUUACCCGGGAGUGUAUUCGUAGGGGGUUGCUACGUCAGCGCGUCUCGGCGUGAGACAGCGCUAUUCCGCUGUAACAGCUUCCGGCGGGUCCUGGAUGUUGAUGUCCUGUGUCUAACGCGGUGUAACGCCUGAAACCGAGCGAGCUCCGGAGGGGUGCGGAGGAAUUUCAGUAUCUGCUACGGUAACCUUAUCAGCCCGCCAAGAUGGCGAUGCAAGCGGCCAAGAGGGCCAACAUUCGACUUCCACCUGAAGUAAAUCGGAUAUUGUAUAUAAGAAAUUUGCCAUACAAAAUCACAGCUGAAGAAAUGUAUGAUAUAUUUGGGAAAUAUGGACCUAUUCGUCAAAUCAGAGUGGGGAACACACCUGAAACUAGAGGAACAGCUUAUGUGGUCUAUGAGGACAUCUUUGAUGCCAAGAAUGCAUGUGAUCACCUAUCGGGAUUCAAUGUUUGUAACAGAUACCUUGUGGUUUUGUACUAUAAUGCCAACAGGGCAUUUCAGAAGAUGGACACAAAGAAAAAGGAGGAACAGUUGAAGCUUCUCAAGGAGAAAUAUGGCAUCAACACAGAUCCACCAAAAUAAAUGUUUUCUGCGUUUUCAUUUUGGACUAAAUCCCAUGAAUGACAAUUUUCCACUUUUUUUUCCUUUUUAAUUAAUACUAAAUAUUGUGAUUUCUAAUUUGAGAUUCAUCAUGACCUACUUGAAACUUUGAUACAUAUUAGAAUACAUUGUGUUAAUAAACUUACAGCUUUUUGUGAAACACCUCAA